AGGAACAUUUUAAUCUCUAAUCGAUUAUGGGCUUCUUUUCGUCUCUACUCUCUCAAACCUGGAAACCGGAUUCUUCAAAGGAGGAGCUUGAUGUCUUCGAAAAAGCUGAAAUUUAUACAAAUAUACAGAAUUUGCACAAGGUUGCUCAAGAUCUUUUGGAAAAGGGCUAUAAUGACCAAGGAGUUUAUCUGUCAACGAAGAUGAUGUUUCUAGAGAAGAAUUCUGAUGAUCCUAAAAAUGUUCCUUAUACUAAAUGGCUAGUGGGAAUGGAUUCGAAGAUAAGGAAUGUGGGAUAUCCUUUUACCUAUUGGGAUAUCGCCACACACAUUAACUACAAAAAUUUGAGCUUCUGGGACAAUGCGAUUAAUGUGGACAGGAUCCGAGUGGACAUCAAGAUAGACAGUAAACCCAAUGUUUCUGGAGACCUCAGCUUGUAUUGGCAUUCUACUAAAUUGCAAGCCAGCUUUGGAGUACCUGAGUUACCAGAAUCAAUGAAGUUGGAGUUGCUUCAUUGUCAAGAGAACAUGGCUUUGAGAGUGAGAGUUAUUGAUUUUCAGAAACAAAUUCCGAAGAGAUUAGAUUUAUCGGCGGCAAUAUAUGCGUCUUGUUUGAAAUUAGGUGGUGAAGCUUCCUAUGCAGUUGAAAGUCGUCGAUUCAUGAGGUCUUGGGUAGGGUGUGCCAUGAAAACCAAUGAUUUCAUGGCUUCAAUCAUAUAUUGGAGGGAUUUAGAUUCAUUGGUUGGAUCAUUUGUUCACCAUUUUGGCGAGGAGUUUGAUUGGGGAAUUGAGAUGACCAAACUAAUUUCCUCAAAUCAGUACACUGCGACAUUUGGCGUUGCUUGGAAGCAUGAUGACGAUGGUAUUAUUUCCAACUAUGUAUCUAAGGCAAAGAUCAACCACCUUGGAGUCCUCAAUGGUUGUAUUGAAACAAAGUUGGGGCUUGAUUAUGUUGUUUCUGUCUCCGGACAGAUGGAUUUAAAGCAUCCACUCGAGUGCCCCAAGGUAGGGUUCAAGUUGCUCUUCAAGUCAUCAGCCAUUCAAACAUAUGAUGUAGCGAAAAAAAAAGCAUAAAGACUUUCUAGAAUUUGCUGUAGUUUAUGUAUUCGGCCAAUGUGUGUUUUUCAUGUUUAUUGUCUUUGUCAUCUGUAUUUAUCAUGCAAGUACAGAAAUUACCAUCGAACUAAAGACUGAUUGUGAAU